AUGCCCACCUUCCCAUUUUGGAACAUUUUGUUCAAUUCGGCUCUCCCAUCCACUCGUUUCCGGUCAGAAACGGUUUCCCGCGGCAGUUUUUCCCCACAGGAGGUGGCCAAGUUAACUGAGCACCCAGACGGGGAAACCAGCACCUUCGAUGCUCCGGAGUACCGGCCGCCGCCGGAGAAGCUACAGCUGGCCAAAGGUUUGAAAGAACCGGCGGAGUUGGACCAGUGCCUGGGGCGUUCCUUCGCCGGUGACAUGCAGGAUCAGAUGGCAGAGUUCGGAACCAGCUUCUCCAUGGAAGACACGGACAUCAUCAUCAGCUUCCAGGCCAUUUGCACGAUGCUUGCCUGGAUCGAUGGGACUCUGACGGAAGACAUGCGCGCCAAAGGCUUGAACACCAGGCGGGGCAGUGAGCCCGAGCGUGUGGAUCUCUUCCGUGUGGGCCGUCUGCCGGAUGCCCCCAACGCCAUCUCCAUAGGCACAGUCUGGAACUGGGUGCCGGAGAAUGCGACGAAUGGCACGGCAAACUUCAACAAGAGAUCCUACGACGUGAAUUUUGAGCGUGUCGUCACCGGUCAGGACACUGUGGAUGGACCUCCCUCGAUCCGCGAGGUGGAUGCCCCGACCCACUACCGCAUCUUGAGCUACAACUUGGGUGACCUGAAGCUGGUCGUCCGUGUGCCCAUCGCUUGCACCAUGCCCACCGUGGAUGAUGAGGACAUGCCACACCCUGGCAUGGCCGUGCAGUGCUCGACCGCCAACGAGCGUGAUGCUGGGGACAUUUGGAGCCCCACGCUCGGCACGAAGUACGCAGAGAUGCAACUGGGAGACGUUGGGAUGCUGGUGCGCGGCAUCGUCGACCGGGGCUUCCUGGUGGACUUGCAGGAACUGACGCAAGAGGAUUUCAAGCUGGAUCGGCCUUCCUUGGAAGAGGAUGCCCAGAUAUUGAUGAUGGGUCGCUUGGCGGGGUUGCUGCAGCGCAUCAAAGAGGUGGCCGACUGCCCAGGCUGUGUGGGCAGAGUCUUGUACCUGCAGUACUGCGAUGCGGAAAUCCGGGUGAUUUCGCCCUGGACGGAUGAGGAGCUGAAAGAGCUGGAGACCUUCCGGGACGUCACUGACAAGGCGAGACCUUGA